AUGCUCUCGGAGGUCGCCAAGUUCCCCGUGCUCGCCGUCGCGAUCGUCGUCUUCGGCGGCGGCGCCAAGCGGCUCAAGCCCACGGUGGUCCGCGCCUUCCGCGACACGCCGCUCAAGAUCGCGUGGAUCGCCGGCGCCUACGCGGCCCAGAACGUGCUCUACUUCGCCGCGCUCGGCCGCAUCUCCGCCGCGAGCUACCAGGUCCUGAGCCAGUCGAAGAUGAUCUUCACGGCCAUCCUGGCCGUGACCAUGCUCGGCCAGCGCCUCGGCCCGCGGAAGCUCGUCGCCCUCGCGUCGCUCCUCGCGGGGUCGCUGCUCGUGCAGCUCUCGGAGAUGGGCGGCGCGUUCGGCGAGGCGGGCGCCGACGCGCUCCUCGGCGGCGGCCUCACGGUGCUCGGCGCUUUGCUGAGCGCCGUGCCCAACGUCUGGUACGAGAAGAUCCUCAAGACGGAGGGCGAGGACGAGUGGGCGCGGAACAUCCAGGUCACGUGCUGGAUCUUCCUCUGGAUCGCCGCGUCGCAGCUCGGCUCCGCGGCCUCGGCCUUCCGCGCGGGCGGCAUCACGCCCGCGGUCUGGGCCGUCGUCGCGCUCAAGUCCCUCAACGGCAUCCUGAUCCCCGCGACGCUCAAGUACGCGGGCAACCUCGUCUACCUCUACGCCAAGCCCACGUCCAUCGUCGCGACGGCGCUCGCCGCGGCGGCCUGGUCGGGGGCGCCGCCGCCGCUCGCCUUCUCCGCCGGCGCCGCGCUCGUCAUCUACUCCAUGCUCCAGUGGGCGAAGAAGGACUAG